AUGCGAGCCCCGGCCCCGCUGGCGCUGGGUUGCGUCAGCUUCGCGCUGUGCCUGCUGGAGCUGCCCCACGGCCGGGCCCUGCCGCCGCGCAGGGUCCUCCCGGCGCGGAGCCCCCCGGAGCGGAGCCCCGCUCUCCCCGGAGCCCCCCCGGCCCCGCAGCCCGUCGGGACCCUGCGACACCGAGCCCCGGUUCCCCGGCACGGCCCGUGGGCCGCCCCCCGGCACCGCCCGCCCGCCCCGCGGCCCCCGCCGUGGCACGUCCGGCGCCUCACCCUGCGGCACGACCGACGGUGGGAGCCUCGGUGGGAGCCCCGGUGGGAGCCCCGGUGGGAGCCCCGGGCCGCCCGGGGCCGCCGGCACGCCGGGCCGCACCUGGUGCGGGUGGGCUGCGUGCUGGGCACGUGCCAGGUGCAGAACCUGAGCCACCGCCUGUGGCAGCUGCGGGGACAGUGGGGCCGCCGCGACUCGUCCCCCAUGAACCCCAGCAGCCCCCACAGCUACGGCUGAGCGGGGGGCGCGCCCCCGCCCCGCGGGACCCCCCAAGCACCGCCGCGGGCUCCUCCGGGCGCCGGAACCUCCUGACGGAGCGCCGGGGUGGCCGGGACCGACAGGAGCUGCAGCGGCACCGUGGGGACUGCUGGUGGCCCGGGAUGACCCAACGGGAUCCGUGGUGGCCGGCGGUGGCCCCAGAGACCGGAGGCGGCCCCAGAGACCGGAGGCGGCCCAGAGGGACUCACGGUGACGGGUGCUGGCCUGUAGUGACUCUCGGUGGCUCAGAGUGGCCCCUGGUGGCUGGCGGUGGCCCGUGGUGACCCGCGGUGGCCCGUGGUGGCUGGCAGCGGCCAGUCGGUGCGGGGCGGGUCCAAGGGCCGCCGGGAACCGCGCUGACCGCAGCAGCACCAGCACCUUGUGCAAGACGCUCCUGCUGAGUCAGCAUUCCCGUGCCUGCCGUGGCACCCCCGGAGCCCCCCCGGGCACCCCCAGCGCCCCAGUCC